AUGGACUCAAACAAGGCACCUAGGCAAUGGAAUAAGAAACUCACAGAUGCAUUGGUACAACUUGGCUUGUCACAAAGUCAUUUUGACUAUUCUUUAUUCACCAAGACAGUUCAGGGAGAGUUGGUAAUUGUCUUAGUAUAUGUGGAUGAUUUGCUGGUGACAGGGAGCAAUGCAGACCUGAUCCUACAAACAAGAAAUGACUUAAAGCUAAAGUUCAAAAUGAAAGAUCUUGGAGAGUUGAAGUUCUUUCUAGGAAUUGAAUUUGCUAGAUCACAAAAGGGAAUAGUGAUGAGCCAAAGGAAGUAUGCACUGGGACUAAUUAGUGAGCUGGGACUAAGUGGUACUAAACCAGUUAGCACACCUUUGGAAACAAAUCUGAAGCUUACAUCAGUUGACUAUGAUGUUUUUAUCACUAAUGAUAAGGAAGCAGGUUCUAAGGAUGAAGAUACACUACUUGCUGAUCCUACUCAAUAUCAAAGGUUAGUAGGAAAGUUGUUGUAUCUCACUAUGACUAGAAUUGACAUUGCCUAUGUAGUGCAAGUGCUAAGUCAAUUCAUGCAUAGUCCCAAACAAUCUCACAUGAAUGAUGCCUUAAGAGUAGUGAAAUAUACAAAGAAUGCGCCAGGUCUUGGUCUUCUAAUGCCCUCUGAUAGCUCAGGAAUGUUUGAGGCAUAUUGUGACUCUGAAUGGGGUGGUUGCUUGCAGACUAGGAGGUCAGUCACAGGGUACUUAGUAAAGCUUGGCAAUGUUGUAGUGUCCUGGAAGUCAAAGAAACAGGAGACAUUAGCUAGAAGCUCUGCUGAAGCAGAGUUUAGAAGUAUGGCCUCUGUGGUUGCCGAGGUGAACCUGGUUGAUUGGUUUGUAUAA